CCAGAAGAGGAAAAUAUUUUAUCCAUAUUGAGUUCAUUUUGUUUAAUGUUUCUGUAAACUAUUGCUCAGCCAAGGACUCUAGUUUUAAAACAAGAAGAUGGCAUUAUCAGAAGCAGAGUUUGGUAUGAAGGGAAGCAACAUGAUGAAGGAAUGGAGUGGACAGGUUCAACCAGCCCUUGUGGUCUCCUUUAUCUUUCUUUUCUGCCUGGAGGCCUGUCUGUGGAUCCGCAACAUUGCUCACAAGAAGAGGCUUCCCGGCCCUUUUGCCUGGCCCUUGGUGGGCAACGCUAUGCAGCUCGGCCAAAUGCCCCACAUCACCUUAUCGAAGCUGGCAAAGAAGUAUGGCAAUGUCUACCAAAUUCGGCUUGGUUGCAAUGACAUAGUUGUGCUGAAUGGAUACACUGCCAUACGAGAAGCGCUUAUCCAACACAGCAGAGAGUUUGCCGGAAGACCAAACUUCAUCUCUUUCCAAUUGAUCUCUGGAGGAAAAAGUAUGACAUUCAGCAACUACAGCGAACAGUGGAAGGUUCACCGAAGAAUAGCUCAAUCAACCUUACGGGCUUUUUCAUCAGCAAACAGCCAGACCAAACAAUCGUUUGAGCAGCACGUGGUGGCAGAAGCCAUGGAUAUGGUGCAGAAUUUUCUCAGGUUGAGUGCAGAUAGACGUUAUUUUAAUCCUUCACAUGAGUUUACAGUUGCUGCUGCAAAUGUAAUUUGUGCUCUCUGCUUUGGGAAACGUUAUGGCCAUGAUGAUCCUGAGUUCAGGACCCUUCUGGGUAGAGUGGAUAAGUUUGGAGAAACUGUAGGUGCUGGAAGCUUGGUGGAUGUCAUGCCUUGGCUUCAGUCUUUCCCGAAUCCAGUACGUAGCGUAUAUAAGAACUUCAAGAUGAUCAAUAAUGAGUUCUUUGCUUAUGUAAAAGACAAGGUAGUGCAGCACAGAAACACAUUUGACCCUGACGUAACCCGAGACAUGAGCGACGCCAUCAUCAAUGUAAUUGAGCAUGGAAAUAAUAACAUGCUGACUAAAGACUUUGUGGAGGGGACUGUUACAGAUCUUAUCGGAGCAGGACAGGACACUGUGUCUACAAUCAUGCAGUGGAUGCUCUUGCUUUUAGUAAAGUACCCAGCCAUGCAGACAAAGCUCCAGGAGCAGAUUGAUAAAGUGGUGGGCCAGGACAGAUUGCCCUCAAUGGAGGACAAGAUCAAUCUGGCUUAUCUUGAAGCCUUCAUCUAUGAAACCAUGCGGUAUACAAGCUUUGUGCCUGUGACCAUUCCUCACUCCACCACUUCAGACGUCACUAUCGAUGGAUUUCACAUUCCCAAAGACACAAUAGUGUUCAUCAAUCAGUGGUCUGUCAAUCACGAUCCCCAGAAGUGGCAGGACCCCCACAUCUUCAAUCCUUCAAGGUUUCUGAAUGAAAAUGGCACCCUUAACAAGGACCUGACCAACAGUGUCAUGAUCUUCUCAUCAGGUAAAAGGAGAUGCAUUGGUGAAAAGAUCGCCAAGACAGAAAUCUUUUUGUUCUUAGCUAUUCUGCUGCACCAGUGCACCUUUGAAAGAAACCCUUCUCAGACGCUCACUAUGGACUGUUCUUACGGGUUAGCACUGAAGCCUGUUCAUUUUACAAUCACAGCCAAGCUCAGAGGGAGGCUGCUGGGUCUUGUUUCACCAGCAUGAAAUACAUAUAGACUAAACUUGCCAGCCUCUUCAAUUGUAUGACUUAAGGCAGCAAAGACUGAAAAGUAUGCAAAGGUAGGAUAUAUAACAAAAUGUGUUAAUAAAC